AUGGCCACCCCUCCUCCUGACCGCCGUCCCAUCGUCGUCUCCGGGCCCUCGGGCGUCGGCAAGGGGACUCUCUACGGCAUGCUCUUCGACCGCCACCCAGACACCUUCUGCCUCUCCGUCUCGCACACCACCCGCGACCCUCGCCCCGGCGAGGAGCACGCCGUCCACUACCACUUCGUCAAGAUGGAGGACUUUGAGGACCUCAUUGCCAAGGACGGCUUCGUCGAGCACGCAAAGUACGGCCGCAACCGCUACGGCACCAGCAAGAUGACCAUUGAGGAGCAGACCAAGAAGGGCAAGGUCGUCUUGCUAGACAUUGAGAUGGAGGGAGUCAAGCAAAUCAAAAAGUCCGGCAUUGAUGCCCGCUACGUCUUCGUCUCCCCCCCAUCCAUCGAAACCCUGGAGCAGCGCCUGCGGGGCCGAGGCACUGAGACAGAGCAGAGCAUCCAGGAAAGACUGGCCCAGGCCCAAAAGGAGCUCGACUUUUCAAAGACGCCCGGCGUUCACGACAUCAUCAUUGUCAACAACGACCUGGAGGCGUCCUACAAAAAGUUCGAGGACUUCGUCUACAGCCCUCAACAGUAA